AUGGAGGACGCCGCUGCGGCGCCAGCCGCCGCUACGGCCCGUGCUAGCGCUGAUAUCGAAGCGGGAGCUAUGGCCGCGAAUCAAAGCGCAGAUCCAUUCUUGGACGAGUUCCCGUCCCUUGACGAGCUGGCCUACGACAUUGAUGCUCUGCGCCUCGCGGAUGAUGGCUUGGCUGACCCUGACACGCAAAGCUUUGUCGAUCUACGGGCUCAUUUCGAAGACUCGGUGGCUCGUUUCGAGGAAAAGCUGCAGGGUGACCUAUUCAGUCCUGGUCAUGAUGACCACGUCGUUUUGGGCAGAAUCGCCGGUCAGCCACCUCACGUUGCAACUCAACACAGCCUGGACGCCGAUCAAGUCCGCGCACAAGAGGUUCGCCUCAAAGCGGACUUGCAAGAUUACGAUGACAAGCGCCGUGCCUAUCUCGAGUAUCACCAAGAACAGCUGCUGCAUCGGGCCUACGAGGCGCGUCAAGAACUGCUGAAACUUUACGACCAGCAAAGCCGACGUUUGACCAAGGAACGCCGCCUGCUUCGCCAGCAGCGACGUCGCGAGGAGGAUAAGCUCAAUCAGGCCUUUCAAAAAGCCGAAUCUCGGCUCAUUCAUGCGUUACGCAAACGCCAAGCCGAAGUCCAAACUUAUUAUGGCAACCUUAUGCUUGCAGAUGGCAUCUACGACACCUCCAAACAGCGCCGAUGGCGCCUCGAUUGGCGCCACACUCCACAACCCAUCCGGGUCAAGCUCGUGGGCCUGCGAGGCCUGCGAGACAAGGCACCCACAGGGCGUUUGGUCAUGGCCGUGUCCAUGUAUGACCAACUGGGCGGCCAUCCGCUCCGUUGGUCGCGUCUCAAAGGACAAGAAUGGCAGGGCUCAACUCUGUCUUUUGAUCACGGUGGAAAAUUCUUCAAUCUCACCACCAAGAUCGAUCAGAGCGUCUUCACAGUGUGCCCAUCAGAGGCCACCCUCAACCCAAGUCUCGUCUUGAUUUUUGAGCUAUAUCUUUUGCGUGGUGACGGUCGCCCCUUUGACACGGCUCUGGGAUGGUCUGCCUUCCCUCUCGUGUCUUCUGACUUUGAAUUGGUUCGCGGACGUUACAAGACGCCAAUGCUGCGCGGCGAUGUCAGUGCCACCGUUGACAGCUAUGGCGCCUUCCACAAGCGCUUGGACAAGAGUGUUGACAAUUGGCUCUGCAACACCUACUUUGAGGUGACCCCAUUGCCGCGCUACUCGGGCGGGCAGCGCGAGUAUGAAGUUGAGCUGCAGUACUCGAGUGCUCGAAUCGGCUUUCCCUCUCGUCCUGACGCGGAUACCACCGACUUGGACAAGGAUGGACCGCUGACCCUGCCCCACUCGUCCAUGCUGCCCACGGCAACGUCGUUUUUCCAGCGUCCUGAUGUCAUUGAGGGCCUUCAUGCCAAGCUGCGGCGUCGCCAGAGAGCCUGGGGCAAAUCGAAGAAGGGUCCUGGCGAUCUGACCACGGACGUUGACGAAGGUGUUGACACUCAGGAGGAAGAGACUGGUCUGCGAUUUUUCAUCAAGCACGAUACUUUGCAGCAGCACUAUUUUGAGGAGAACGAGCGUGCUCACGUCAUGGGUGUGCUGAGCGAGGAGCAGACAGUGGCCGAAGACGAUGGUCAUGCUUUUGAUGACGUUCUUGAGCUGGACAAGUACAAAUACUCGGUGGCAGCCGAACGCCAGAUGGGCUUGUCCUACAAAUUUGGCACUAAAACCGACUUUAUUUGGCGUGCCCUCAAAUCCGAGUACAGCCUUCACAACUACAAGCUGCAAGGAUUCUGGGUCACCGUUUUCAGCCUACUGCUAGCUUUCUGGUUGCGUACUUACAUUCAUUAUUCGGGCCAAUACGUCUUUUUGAUGGCCGUCUCAAUUCCUGUCAGCGAGCUACGUUUUCGUGCCCUGACCGUCAAUCUCAACUAUCAGGGGAGCUUGGUGCUGACCAAGGAGGAGGUGGGCGUGGUGGCCAUGGGGCCCAUUGCCGUAUAUCUGGUGCUUCUCUUCUUUUUUGCAUUGGUCGCGGUCCUGCGACUACUGCGAGUCAACGCGCUCGAGCCCAUUUACCGUUUUGUAUCAGCGUUUGGCGUGCUGGCGGUGCUCGACCCAAUCUUGGUGCUUCUCGUGGACGUCAUCUACCGUCGUUGGCACGACUAUGGAGGCGCCAAGCCUGUGGGCGAUGCUUUCAAGCUGUACUAUCAUUUUUCGCGCAGCGACGACGGGGGUUUGCCCGGCGUGUUUUUGACCAUUUUUAUUUACCUCGUGAUUAUCCUGACGGGCAUGAGCAUGAUGUAUGUGUUUUAUUUGAAGAUGCACAUGAAUGGGCGAAUUGUGGACUUGUUUCAGCGCUUCUCCGGGGGCGAGGAGACCUUUGCGGUGCCCUAUGAUACGGAGGUCUCGAUGCAGGAGCUGUCGUUUAUUGUACAGCGAGCCGAGCGCUGGCGUGGCCGCCAUGGAGAGCGCCGCAAGGUCCUAGUCUAUGAUUACAACUGGACCCACGAGCCAGGGACAGCUUUGCACGGCGAGAGCGGCCCGAGCACCGACCGGACCCAACCAAUCGAUUUGGAUGCCAAGGUCGUGGAGACCACGACCCACGUCUCCAUCUACACGUUGCGCCUGAAUGGCACUCGCGAGGUGUUUCGACAGUUUUUGCGCUUACCCGAUGGGGCUGUUGUUGAGGUGUUUGGUGACGGCAGCAACUUGGUCGACGAGCGUCUCAAAGCCGCGCUUCACCGGGAAAACAUCGAUCUGGGCACACUUCACCGCGAAGCCACUCGCUUUGCUGCCAGCCGUUUCGAAAGCGCCGAGGGUCCCUUGCAACCGCUCGUUGGAUGCCUGCCUGCCUGCCUGCCCACAGAUUGGGGUGUGCACGUGGGGAGAAUGGCCAAGCGUGGAGCGCUGUCGCGGCGAAGCGGGGGGUCGGCAGCCACUGCUGAGGCCCACUUGACCACCGACUCGGAAGACAACGAAGAGGAUAACGAUGUGUUGGUCCGACGUCGCAAGCGGCCAGCGCGUCGCCGGGAUCCAUAUCGCUACGAGAUCUCGGAUGAUUACCGAGCGUUUCGAGACCGCAUCUUUGAACGAGACUUACGGGAGUUGGAUUUGACGCUGAAGCAGUAUAAGGAUGCUACACACGCGGAUGUGAACAAGCUGCGCGAACAGUGUCGAUCGGAUCGGGAUGCUCGUUUGAAGGAGUCUGAAUUUGUCUUUGACCGCAUGGUUGAGUCUAUUCUCGAUGAGUACGAGACCUGCUGUGAGGAUUUGAAAAAGGAGCGCGAGACGCGAGUGGCCCAAAUCAAGCGGCAAAUGAAGCAGCAAUUGGAGCAGGAAAAGGCGAAUCUUCUGGCCCAGCAGCACAACCUCGAGGGUACCGUUAAGACCGAACUCAUUGGCAAUGGCGGUUCAGAUCGCGUGCUUCGCAACCGCGGGGAGCGAACCGCGGUGCGUCGAAAACGCCGACCGGGCAAUUCGAACGUGAUGCAUCGCUUGCAGGCACACCAGCUGGCGCUACAAGACUGGGAGGUUGUCGAGGACAUUAAGGCCUUUACCGAUGGCGUGACGUUUUGCUCGGAUGUCACGCUCUGGGUGGUUACGAAGGAGAUGUCUUGGUCAUGGAAAGAAAUGCGUCGUCAAUAUGUGUCGUCAAAAGCCCAGCCGGCUGAGAAGUCCAAGAAGAAGAGGCAGGCAUGCAAAGAAGAUGAGCAUGGUCAUGGUCAUGGUCAUGGUCAUGCAAACCACAAUGGCAACAGUAGCAGCAGCAGUCAGGCAGCUGUCAAGCAGCAGAAGGGCGCUCGAGCGCCAAGGAGGAGCAGGAGUGGGCGGGUGGAUGCGAGGGAGGACAGGAAUGCCCCCACCCCCACCAAACAAGCGUGCAAACGUGUGGAGACACCCCUAGAGCACCUGCAGUCUGGCAUGGGGUGCGACCUUUUGGAUAAUGUUGAUCAGGACAAAACCGCAACUUUGGCUCAAGCCCUGCACGCACACAAGCGUCAAGGUCCCAAGCGGCGAGAAGCGAAGCGAAGAGGGGGACACCCCUCCCACACACAUACACAUACGCACAUUCGCCACACUGCUACAAGUGUGUACAGACAGACAGACGAACGUUUGAUCUCUCUCUCUCACACACACAACAACAACAAGAUGCGGUUCCAAGUGUCGACGGGCUCCAUGCCGGUGGCGGCGGAGCAUGCUUCAAUGGCAGCGCCGGUAAAUGCCAGCUGCAUGAUGAAGACGAAAACAGCCAUGGCAUCAACGUUGACCCCAGCGGUCGGCUUGAUGGCCACCAAGAGGAGCGUGUCCUCGCCCUCGCUGCUGCUUCUUCGUUCCACCGACUGUUUGACAGCACAGAAACACACGGCGGCGGCAGCGGCAGCGCCGGCUGCUACUGCCACAGCGACAACAACAGACAUGGACUCGAGCGGUCCCCUGUUGACCCGCUGCCGAUUGACCACCCGCUCGGGCAUGAACCGCCUGCAGCUCGCCAAUCCCGCUCCUGCCAUCUUCAUCACGACCCACCCCAUCAGCGAGGAGGAUGAAUCCGCCGCUGACACCCUCCCCACCCGGUGGAACGAGUCAGAGGCACCGCUGCCCACUCGCGUGGCCGUGGCCACGAUGCAACAGCAACAGCACUCCCUGCUGCUCAUGGAGCCCACCGACUCGGGUCUGGUCAUGGAACAUGCCUCGCGCCUCGUGGCCCCAGCCCCAUCCACCAUUCUUUAAUUGGGCAUCGCUAGCGCCUCAGAUUACAACGUUUGUUUAUAUUUUUCAAGUAUCACGUUGCCCCUUCCCUUCCUCUCCUCUCGUGCUACAUGUUGACGUAGCUUGAUUGGAUGGGCAUAUCUGUGACCACUUUCAUGCCGCUCUGUGGGCCAUGCCAAGCAUGGUGCACAAGCCGCUGCCAUUUCAGGAGCCCCAAGAUGUCUCCUUGUCUUUUCUUGACCCUUCUUGCUUGACCUCGCUACUUUGAGCUACCCUUCUGGUGGCCAAUCUGUGCCGUCCCUUUUCUGAGCGAUGCCUCCUCCCUUUUCUGUCCAUAACGGGUUUUCAUUCCCGCGCAAAACAGGAGCGCUAGAUGAUCUGUAUGCCUAGUUGUUUGUUCCUUCGCCAUACCUUAGUAAAUAAUGGAUUCUUGACAUGAAUGAUGGCGCCUGCCGCCGCCCUAUUGUAAAUUGACAAUUUUUCCUU